GUCAGCCACACUUACAAUGAGCAUUCCAAGUGGAACUCUGUAUUAACAAUUUUUUUUUGGCAAUUAACUUUUAUGAUUGCAAUAAAUGCGGAAGAAACAAAUGCACAAAUUGAUUAGAUGUGUUAAUUUAAGUGAAACUAAUCGGCGUUAGCUCCCUGUAGUUCCAACUCGCAUGAAUGUGGCACAAUCGCAAUACUACGAUUGCAACUAACGUCAACGUCAGCAAAAAUCUUUGAUAUCAACUGUGAAGGCGACUCAGUGUAAAAAUCAGUUUAGAGACACUACUUAAUCCACAAUCAUGGCUAGCCCAAGAACGCGACGAGUGCUGCAAGAGCUAAAGCCACAGGACGAGAAUUCGAAAUGCUUCGAGUGUGGCACUCACAAUCCCCAAUGGGUGUCGGUUACUUAUGGCAUCUGGAUAUGUCUGGAGUGUUCGGGCAAGCAUCGCAGCUUGGGCGUUCAUCUCUCAUUUGUGCGCUCCGUGACCAUGGACAAAUGGAAGGACAUCGAGCUGGAAAAAAUGAAGGUUGGCGGUAAUCGCAAUGCCCGCGAAUUUCUAGAGGAUCAGGAAGAUUGGAACGAACGCGCGCCCAUAACGCAACGAUACAAUUCCAAGGCAGCCGCUCUGUAUCGAGAUAAAAUUUCAACUCUGGCUCAGGGCAAGAGUUGGAAUCAAAAGGAUGCCGAGGCCCGCUUGAGCAGCACUAAUUCUUCGUAUAGCUCUAACAGCUACAGCGGCUCCAACAGCAGCUCACAGGGCCGCGCUAAUGCAACAGGUUACAGUGGCAAUGGCAGCGGCGGAGGCUAUCAGAAUGGUGGAGGUGCUUACAACGAGGCUGGUGGCUAUCAGCAAUUCCAGACACAAGAGUUCAAAGAUCAGAAGGAAGAGUUCUUCAAUCGUCGUCAAAUGGAGAAUGCAUCUCGGCCAGAAAACUUGCCACCAAAUCAGGGCGGAAAAUAUGCUGGAUUUGGUUUCACACGUGAUCCGCCACCGAAAACACAAUCUCAGGAGCUGAUCGACUCCACGCUGACCACUUUGGCAUCCGGCUGGAAUUUGUUCUCCACAAAUGCGUCCAAAUUGGCAAGCACUGCCAAGGAAAAGGCCGUAACCACAGUCAAUUUGGCUUCGACCAAGGUUACUGACAUAAGCAAACGUGGCUGGAACAACUUGGCGGGCGGCAACAGCUCAGCGUCUCAGGGCGGCUACAACGAUCCCAGUCUGGAUGACAAUGGCUAUCAGCGUUCCCAUUCGGUAGGCGGCAACUUGGCCGGCGGCCUAGGACAACAGAGUGGUGUUGGCGAUAGCGACUGGGGUGGUUGGCAGGAGAAUGCCAAUAAUAAAACGCAUCUAACUAGCUCCAGCUCAUAUCAGAAUCAACUUAGUAGCAAUGCCGGCGGCACACCCACUGGCGGUCUCACCCAAGACGACGAUUGGGCUGGUUUCAAUUCCACAAAUUAUCAAAAUUCCGAGACUUCGUAUCAAAAUACACCGUCUGGCGGUCAGCCCGUUCGCCGAAAUAUGAAGCUACAGGAGACUUCGCAGAAAUUGAGCGAAGGCUUCGACAAUCUGGAUGUGAAGAAUGUGAAAGCCAAGACAGCUGCUUCGUCUACUGGCAAAGCGAGCGCCGAGGAUGAUGCAUGGAAUUUGUUAAUGAAUUAGCAAAUAGAAGUAAACCAUUAUUGAAGUGUAUUGUCAAAUAACUUAAUUUGUUUUGUAUUAUUUUUUAUUGUUGUCAUCUUUUUGUUUAAGAAACUAGCUUAUUCGUGGGCGCAUUUAAUGUAAUUUACGAAUAUGUUCCAACCUAUUUUUACCAAUUUCCAACGAAGAGCAGUUAUAAUUUCCAUUAUUUUUACAGGUUAGACCAAUUUUGAAUAGAAAUAAUACAAAGCGAAUUAAUAUGCAAAAA